UCUCUCUCUCUCUCUCUCUCUCUCUCUCCAUCAAUCAAUCAAUCGAUGGGAAACCAGAGCAAACUUCCACAGCCUGCGACAAUCAAGAAGAUGAUCAAACGUUGCUCGAGCAUUGGCAAGAAACAGAACUGUACCGAAAUCGAACCGGUCGGCCCGCCAUUCGACGUCCCGAAGGGUCAUUUCGUGGUUUACGUUGGGCUAAACCGGGUCCGGUACGUCGUACCGGUUUCGUUCCUCGCCCGACCCGAAUUCCAGAAUCUUCUCCGACAAGCUGAGGAAGAAUUCGGUUUCGGACACGACAUGGGACUUCUCAUCCCUUGUGAAGAAGAAGAGUUCCAGAAUCUCUUAAACUCAACGUUCAGAUAAAAAUUCCCAAAAAAAAAAAAAUGGUUAUCAAUUCUCUAUUUCUGUAAUUCUAUAUUUUCUUUAGGAAACAUUGGUGUCGACAGGGGGAAAAAACCCA